CUCGGUGUUUCUUAACCGAGCGUCACAUGACUCUGAUGUCAGUGUUUGCAGUGGUGGCGGCGAUAAGUGUCAAAGGCAAGUUACACUUACCUAACGGCGUGCUUACACAAACUUGUCCACAAAGUGUGGACUUGGUCCGAGAAGCAUUGGUGGACUCCGUUAUAAAUAACAACGCCUUUUCGUCGUUAAUUUUUUUUUGGUUCCUUAUUUAAGUGCUGUUGUUGUAUUGCUAACGUUAGCCUAGCUAGCGACGCUCUUGCUAACUGCUAAGUAUCUGCGUCCAGACUUCUGCUGCUGCUGAGAUUUGGUCCGGUCAACAACACGAUGCAGACCACGGGUGUCCACUCUUGGUGUGUUGGCUUAACAUUACCUCUCAUUUUAGCUGCUGUACUGCAUCAGGGUCUUGCUGAUGUCACCCCCCCGCCGGCGCCGGUGACCACCGCCGCCCCCCACACAGACCCGGCGCGCCCCGACAGAGGAACCUACCGGCUGACCAGCAGCAAUGGCACCACCUGCCUGCUGGCCUACAUGGGCCUCCAGCUCAACUUCUCCAUCAGCUCCCUCCCCCAGAACAAGACUCUGCAGCAGGUCCUCAACGUCAACCCCAACACAACCAAGGCCCUCGGCUCGUGCGAAGCAGAGAGCGCCCACCUGAGGCUGACGACCGACGGGGACAAGACCAACCUCACCUUUGUCUUCACCCUGAAUACCACAUCAGACAAGUACCACCUGAGCGAGGUGACUGUUAAAGCCGUCUUGCCCGAAAUGAAAGAUCCCUUCUCGGCUCAGAACAGCAGCCUGAACUACCUCCGGGGGACUCUGGGACGCUCCUACAUGUGCCGGGAGGAGCAAACUCUGUCCGUGUCCGCCAACUUCUCCAUCAACACCUUCCAGGUGCAGGUGCAGCCCUUUGGUCUGAAGGGAGAGCAGUUUGGAGCAGCUGAGGAAUGCCAGCUGGAUGAAGACGACAUGUUGAUCCCCAUCAUAGUGGGAGCCGCUCUAGCAGGGCUCGUCCUCAUCGUGCUCCUGGCCUACCUGAUCGGCAGGAAGAGGAGCCACGCCGGUUACCAGACCAUCUGAAGUCGCCCGCAUUUCACCAGAGCACCCAGGGCCCCGCCCACCCCCUGAAUCUAACCACUGUUUUCUGAGACUUAACCCUUCUUCCCCAGCUGUCCCCCCACCCCUCGUCUCUGUGUGUUUGCUGUUCCUCUCCCUCAGUAACACUAGCCUUUUAUCACUUUGUGGAAGUAGACAUACGCAUUUAGAGCUGAAAGGCUCCUUCCUGAAAGGGGGACCCCGCUGGUGGGGGUGUGACGAAGGGAGGAAAACUCGUCUCUGGUAUCGGGUGAAGCAGGGGAUGCAUGUUGAUCAGAGGGUCAAUGAGAGUCCUCAUGCCAUGUUGUAUUUAUGAUUUCUGUGAAAGGAAUUGUGAGGGAUUUUGAGCUUUGCCUGGGUUGUUACUUUAACUUUUCUUGUCCAUUUUUGGGGUGGCCAUUUUUCUUGGUACGGCCCUCAAAACUCAAGUGUGUUUUAAAGGGAAUAUUUCAGCCAGUUACAAUUAAGCUGUUUAAGACUUGACCUGAUGUAGAUAGUUAUCUACUUAUAGUCCCAUAGGGAGGUUUUAUUGGGUUUUGUUCUAAAUUUGAACCCUCUUUUGGAGGGGGUUCGGUUGCUGAAGGGAAAUAUGUUGCACUGAAAUCCUGAUAAACGUUGGAUAAUUCAAAUGGCCAAAACGCUCUGGUCAGUGUUGGUCAGUGCCUUUGCAGCUACGGCAUAGAUAGGAUUUAAGUGAAGCCAAUAUCACAGAGGAACUCACUCCCUCGCUCACACUGACCGCUGCCAUGUUUGGGACACGUUCCGUGUCUCGCAUAACUUUUACAUACUGUUACUACCAUUCAACAUGCAUCGUUUGAAAUAGGAGAAUCUACAGAUAUUUAUGUUUUGUUUUUCCCUCUCUCAUUUAAACAUCCAUAUAAUGAUUUGAUAAAGUUUUAAUACAUUUGUUUGAUUUUUUUUUAUUUUUAAAAGAUGUCAAUAAAGGUGAAUGAAUGAG